AUGGAAAAAAAUCACAAUAAUAAUAUUGAUGAUGCAAUACACCUAGAUGAAGAUGAUAUAAUUCAAAAUGACUAUUCGUUCAUACCAAAAUCAAAUAACAAACUAUCAACAUUAUCAACUAUAAAUAUAAACCCGGUACAAUCAAAUAAACCAAAUGCAAAUACAACUACCACUACAACCACAACAACUGCUACAAUAACAAAUACCAAUAUAACUCAAAAUCAUUUAAAACCACCACCUUUAAAAAGAUCAUUAAGUAAAGUUAAUGAAUCGAAUAAUGAUCAAAAUAAAAAAAAUAAAUAUUCAUCUUUAGUAAAUGAAAUGCUGGAUGAUAUUAUACCGUUUGAAGAAGCAAUCGAAUUAAUUCAAAAAAGUUUAGAACAAAAAUAUGCAAACAAGACAAUAAGACAAAAAGAAAAAGCAAUCGAUCAAAUCAAAGCCUCUGCAAGCUAUAUUAACUCUCAAAAUGACAAAUGCUUACCCAUUGUUAGAUUUAUAAAUGGGGAAAUCGAAGUUAUUAAACCAGAAACCUACAGUGUAUUUUUCGAAAAUGCUGAACGUGACAUUACAAGAAAAUGUUUUAAAGUUGAAGAAAAAGUUAAAAAUUUUUAUAAAGGUUUAACAGGAAAAAUUGACUACACACAAAAUAGACAAAACAAUAAUUGCGAAAAUAGGAAACUUUCAAAUAUUGAAAAAAUUGAAGAUUUUAUUCAGGGAUUAGAUGAAAAAGAUAUUAGGAAAUAUAAUGAUGAAGUUAGAAAAGAAAAAGAAAUUGAAAAAGAAAAACAAAUUCAAAAAGAAAUAGAAAUUGAAAAAGAAAAGGAACUUUUAAAAAACAAAAAUAACAGUACCAAUAACAAAAAUAAUGUAAAUAGCAAUAAUAGUAAUGUAAAUAUUAAUAGUAAUAAUAAUAAUAAUAAUAAUAAUAAUAAUAAUAAUAAUAAUAAUAAUAAUAAUAAUAAUAAUAAUAAUAAUAAUAAUAACAAUAAUAAUAAUAAUAAUAAUAGUAAUAAUAAUAAUAAUAAUAACAAUAAUAAUAAUAAUAAUAUAAAAAAUAUAAUCAAUACAAAUAAUACAAAUAACGAUAAUAGUUUAAUAUUUGAUAAUAAUAUACCUGUAUUUUUCCUUUGUCCCAUCACUCAUAAAAUUAUGGAAAAUCCUGUUGUUGCACCAGAUGGUUAUUCUUUCGAGAAAAAUGCAAUAAUAAAUUGGGUAAAGUCUAGAAAUGUUUCUUAUGUUACGAGAAAACCUUUCUCUCAAAAUAUAUUUAUACCAAAUAGAAAUUUAAAAGCCCAAAUCCAAGAAUGGAGGAAACAAAAUAACAAUAAUUAA